ACUGUAACAAUAACAAAUAACAGAGGUUAUUCUUAAAAAAUUGUAUAUUUUUUAUUUGUCAAUUAAACAAUAAAUAAAUGUAAAAAUAAAAUUAAAAAAUGGAUAAUAAUCUAGAAAAUUCUGAUAAUAAUGAAUCAAUUCUUUAUGAACUAGUUGAAUAUCUGGUAAAAAUUCAAGAGCCUGAAUUAAUAAAAUGUAAAAAUGACAGUGCAAUAUUAUCAACAACUGGAACAAUUAAAAAUGCUCUUAGAUAUCUUAACAAUAGAUAUUCAUUACCAGAAAGUAUAUCACAACAAAUAAGUUUAACAUUACCAUGGAAAUUUACAACUGGUGAUAAUGGACGUUUACUUGGAAUAUUACAAGAUAAUUAUAUUGACAUAAGAAGAUCAAAAGAUGAAUAUACAACAACAAUUGGUAAAGCAUCAAUACCAAAAGAUGCAUUUCCACAAUGGAGAAAAUUAUCAUGUAGUCCAGAUGGUACAAUUAUUGUUUUAGCAUCAAGUAAUGGCUAUUUAUCAUUUUACAAUUCAUUGGGUAAUAAUACAUAUAACAUAAGUCCAAAAACAAUAUCACAAAAUCCAGAUAUACUUGAAGCUGGUGAUGCAAUAUCAUCAAUUAUGUUUAAAAAUGAUAUAUCAACAAUUAAUAAUGACAAUAAUAAAUGGACAUAUGAAUUGUUAUUAGUAACAUACAGUGGUUUAUUAAAAUCAUAUUUCAUAUCAACAAAUGAGUAUAAAAAAAAUUAUGAAUUUUCAUUUGGUAAUUUUUAUAGACAAGGUGUUAAUGCAUUUGUUUAUGAUAAAAAACAUAAUAUAUAUAUUGUUGCUGGUAAUAGUAUAACUAAAAGUUUAUCAUCAUCACCAGCAGCAAAUAAUGGCUUGACAUCAUGGAGACCAUUAAAUGAUGAACCAUUUUUUAAAUUAUCAUUUGCAUUUGAUGAUGAUAGUAUUAAAAAUAAACCAUCAUUAUGGAAUUUAAUACCAGUAUUUAAUACACCACCAGAACCAAUUAUAUUUCGUAUAAGUAUAUCACCAAAUUAUAAUAAUUUAGUAUGUCUUCAUACUGAUGGUACAAUAUCACUUUGGUAUUUACCAAGUUUAAAAUUAUAUAAAAAAUGGAAAUUACAUGAACAACCAAAUUACAAUAUUCAUAAUUCAAUUGAUAAUAAAAAAAAGAUUAAAAAAUUUCCAACUGGUCUUAGUGAAUUUCAUCCAAUUGAUAUUGGCUGGUGGUCUGAUUAUGCUAUUAUUAUUACGAGAUAUUGUGGUACUGUUACAGUAUGUUCAAUGAAUAAUUUAACAAAUUUACUUGGUAAUAAUCCAGAAUUUUUAUAUGGACAACCACAAAUAUCAGAAUUUAAUAUUGGUAAAGGUUUUUUAUGUCUUGAUUGUGAAACAAUUAUAAAUAGCAAAAAAAGAAAUAAUACAAAAAGUAAUAAUAGUGCUGAUUUAUCUGAUAGUGAUAAAGAUAAUGAUGAUGUUGAUGAUAAUGAUGAUGAGGAUGAUGAUGAUUUAGAAAAAAUAACAUUAAUAAAUUAUACAACAAAUUUAGUUAAUAAUAUAUUAUAUUCAAUGACUGAUAUUGAAAAAUUUCAACCAAAAAGAAAGAAGCUAAAAAUAUUACAAAGAACAUAUAGAUUAUUGGGAUUAAAAAGUACAACACCUGAAGAAUUAUAUACAAGAAAAAUAAAUAUUGAAAAAUAUGAAGAAGCAUUAGAACUUGCUAGUUCUUAUAAUUUAGAUAAAGAUUUAGUUUAUCAAACACAAUGGAGAAAAUCUGAUUUUUCAAUAAAUUCAAUUAAAAAUCAUUUGAGUAAAGUUAGUAAAAGAUCAUGGGUACUUAGUGAAUGUAUCAUACGUGUACCAGAUACACUUGAUGCUGCUAGAGAAUUAUUAAAUUUUGGUUUAAAAGGUGCUAAUUUUGAAACAUUUAUGGCUAUUGCUGAUUCUGAUGAUGGUAAAUUUGUCAUUGAUGAUGAUGAAGAUGCUGAUACAAAUGAAAUUAAUAAAGAAUUAGAUGAAACAAGUAAAAAUUUAAUUCAAAUGCAAAAAAUUAAUAAAAUAUUACGAACAAUUGAUUUAAAAAAUUUAUCACAAUCACAAAAAGAAUUAAUAAAUUAUAGAAAAAAAUUGCUAAAUCAUUUAGAUAAAUUAAAAACAUAUGAAAUUAUAAUUGAUAAUAUAAAAAAUUAUAAUAAAAUUAAUUAUCAAGAAUUUCGUAGUUUAUCUAUUGUUGAAAAUGCAAUUAAAUUUUCAAAAAAUUGUAAUUAUAGUGCUGUUGAAAUAUUAUUUACUUAUCAUGGUACAAGUUUAAUGCCACAUUGGCUUGGUAUUAUUAGUUGUUUUCCUGAAACAUUGAGUCCAUUGGAAUAUUCAAAGCUACUACCAAAAUGUGAUGAUGAUGGUCAAUUAUAUUUACUAAAUCAACGUGAAUUAAGACCAAUGGAUUGGUCAGAAAAAUGUGAAUUUAAUGAUAUUAUUGAAGAGCCAAAUGAUGACGGUUCUGAUGUAAUUUAUGAAGCUGAACCUGGUCUAUCAUCAUACAAAAAUACUGAACUCACAAUGGAUUUAUUACGUAAAUGGUAUAAAUCAAGAGCAUAUCAAAUUGAACGUGAUUGCAGUAUCGUUGAAAAUUCAUUGGAAUUAAUUAAAAUUGGUAAAAGCCAUAAAAUAACUGAACUUGAAUAUUUAUUAGUUGAAUUAGAAACACUUGAUGAUUUAGUUUAUAAAUUAUAUCUUGAUAAUAUGUCAUUAGUUCAACUUGAAAAAUUACAUGAUUUGGAUAAAAUUAAAUUACUCAUGUCAACAUCAGAAGAUGAAAAAACAUUUAUAAAUGGAAUUAAAAAUUAUAUUAUACCAUUUAUAGAGAGAAAAAAAAAAUAUUUAGGUGGUAAAUUAGAUAAUAAAUUAUUGCCAAAUUAUUUAAUAAUGUUGAGUCAAUGUAAUUUAAAUUUACCAGCUUUAUUCUUCAAACAAUUGACAAAUGAUAUUGAGUUAAUUGAUUACAUUGAUGAUAUUAUGGCUGUUGGAUUAAAUUGUAUUUAUUCAUGUACAAAUCAUGAUUGUUAUGAUAAAGCUAAAGAAAUAUUUGAAUCAAUUCCAAAGCCACUUGGUAGCAAAGAUAUUGGUGGUACAAUGAGCCCAAUGGAAGAACUUGAAAAAGAACUUGAUUGUUUAAAAAUAUUAAAUAAAUAUCAUGUUAAAUCAACACUUAAAUUUAUCAAUGAAAAUAAAAAUGAAGCUGAACAAAUUAAAUUAAUAUUAAAUGACAUGGCAAAUUAUUUAAAAGAACAAUUUGAAUUAUCAGAAAAUCAAGAUUCUUGGAAUGAAUUAUUAAAUGACAUGUUGGAUAUACAAUCGUUUAUAUUUAAAACAAUUGAUAUUGAUACUUGUUUUGAAAUAUAUUUAUGGACAAAAUUAUCAUCUGGAAUAAAAUUAAAUAUACAAAGUUGUAAAACACUUAUUGAAACUAAAAAAAAUGAAAAAUCAUUAUUAAAAGUAUCAUACAAUAAAGCUGUUGAUUUAAUAUUAGAAGCAACUAGAGAAUAUUUUGAUACAUGUAAAAAUUCAAAUGAUGUAAAUAUGGAAUUAGCUAAAAAUUGUUUACAUUUAAUUGACGAUGAUAAUUUAUUAAUUAAAAAAGAAUAUGAUUUAAUAAAUUCACUUCAAAUACUUGAAGAAUUUAAUAUAAAUAUUUUACCAUUACAUGUACGUUUAUGUCCAGAUAAAAUUAAAUUAAUUGAAAAUUGUUUAAACAAUUCAAUAAAUGGAUAUAAAAAAAUUAAUAAAAUAUUAAAACUUGCUGAGUAUUUAAAUAUUGAUAGUAAAAAUAAACGUUUACGUGAAGGUAAAAUAUUACAAUUAAUUGCAAAUAAAUCAUUUGAAAAUAAUGACUUUGGAAUAUGCUCAGAUAUAUGUAAACAAUUAAUUGAUAAUUGUUAUUAUUCAGCAUGGAGUAUUAUACAAAAACUUGGCUAUUCAAAUGACUAUACUGAUUUAUCAUUUCGUCAAAAAUGUUUAUGGUUUGCUAUAACAUAUGGUCCAAAUAAUAUACUUGAAGAUUCAUUACGACAAAUGCAUUUAAUUGAAAUACAAUUAUUAAAUAAAAAUAUUGAUAAUUGGAUUACAAUACAUGAUGAAGAUAAUAAAGAUAAUGAUAAAGAUGAUGAUGAUGAUGAUGGAGAAGAUGAAGAUGAUGAUUUUACUGAUGCAAUAACAACACCACAAAUUGAAACAACAAAUGCAUUUGUACCAAAUAUUAUUGAACAAUCAACUGACAUUGUUAAAAAUUCAGCAAAUAUAUUUAAAAAUUCAACAAUUGGAAUAUUUAAAAAUGUUAGUAAUCAUAAUUUUUGGAUUAAAAAAUUAAAUUUAAAUACAAAUAAUAUAUGGGAAAAUUCAUAUGAAGUUGAGGAUAAUGUAUCACAAGAAAAAUUACGUGGUAAUGUACAAAGUUUUCCUUAUUUUUAUCAAUCAAUUUAUGAUAAUUGUUUAACAAGUAGAAUUGAUACAAAAUAUACAAAAUAUUCAAUGCCAGAUAUUGAUAAUACAAAGUUAAAAAUAUGUCAAACAUUAUUAAGAGUAACAAUACUCAAUGAAACAGCAUGUUAUGGCUAUGAAAUUAAUGACAUUGAUCAUUUAUUUGUACAAUUAUCUGGUCAUAUUAUGCCUGAUGAUUGGACUCUUGGUUUAUCAUAUUUAUUAAAUAUUAAAAAUCAACGUAUUGAUAAUGCAAAUCAAGUUUUUCAAAGCUUAUUAAAUACUGAAUUAUAUUUACAAACAGCUAUUUAUUAUUUUUCAUUAGAGUUAUUUAAAAAAUUAAAUCUAAAAAAAAUUAAAAAUUUAUUAUAUUGUAAUCCAAAUGAUUUGAUGGAAAAUAUGAAAAUAAAAAUUCAAGAAAAUAAAAAUGGAGAAAUUGAAAAAGCCUUGAAUUAUUGGCAUGAAAAACUUGAUAAUUUAAAUAAAGAUCAUCAAGUUGAAAAAGUUGAUAAAGGAUUGGAGCAAGAAAUUGAGUUUGAUAAAGAUAAACAAGUUGAUGAAAUUAUUGAUGAUGAGAAUAUAUUUAAAAAUGAUAAAAUAAUUGAGGAAAUUGUUGAUGAUACAAAAGUGGAAGGAUGGGAUGACCAAGAGUUUGAUAUUGAUGAUGAUGCUCAAUCAGAGAAAGAAAAGAGACAUGAAUUAAAUAUUAAAGAAGAUAUUAUUGAUGAUGAUGAUGAUGAUGAUGUUGAAAGUGUUAAUCAUGUUAAGCAAGAAGAAAUUAAUCAAAUUAAAAAUGUAGAGAUGGUACAGGAGGAUGAAUUAGUUAAUUAUAAAAAUAUGAUUGAUCAGAAAAAACAAGAAGAACAAAUUGAAGAAGGUUGGGACAAUGAAUUUGAUAUUGAAGAUGAAUUAUUAAAUGAAGAGUCUGAAAUUAAACAUGUCAGUGAAAAUACAGAAAAAAUUGAUGAUGGUUGGGAUCAUGAAUUUGAAAUAGAAGAUGAAAAAAUUGAUGCAACUGAUAAUGUAAUUUUAAAUCAAGAAGACAACACAAAUUCUCUAAGUAGCUUGUAUGAAAGUAAAGUUUUUAAAAUGACAACUACUUCAGCUGAUGCUGAAGAGAAUAGUGGAUGGAAUGACAACUGGGAUGAUUUUUCUGAUCACAGUGAGAGUACUGAAAAUAAAAAUAUUACUCAACUUGAAAGACCAGUUGAUUCUCAACAAUCAGAAAACGCUGAAGAUGAAAAAAUGCCAAUUAAUGAUGAUAUUAAAACUGAAAAAGAAAGAUUUAAUAUUAUAAAAAAUUUAAUAUCAAAAAUUAAAACAAAAAAUGAUUAUAUAAAAAUUAAAAAUACUAUUAAAAAAUGGCCUGUAUUUGUUGAUCCAGCAUUCACAUCAGUUGAUCAACAUCCAGCAUUUGGUCUCAUUGAAUCUGUUAAUUUAUUUUUUACAAACAAAACAAAUUCUAAUUAUGAGGAAUUAAUUCUUCAAGAGUACAAAGAAAUUUUACAUCAACAAGCAAUUCCUUCCAAGCUGCUUGAAGAAUUCAUCAAAUAUUUUGAUGUUAAAUGCACAAAUGAGGAUAAAAUAUAUCUCAGAUUAUUAACAACAAAUUCCAGUCUUUACGAGGAAGCCAUCAACAUGAUAAAAAAUCAAAAUCAAAUAAAUUAUUCAUUACCAAUACUUGAAGAGAUAUUUUUCAAAAAUUUAACAUCAUCAUUUUCACCCCAUCAUGAAAUUUACAAUAAAAUUAUUGCAGAAAUGUUUUUAAAUCAUAGUCUACCUGAGAUUGAGCAAAAUAUAAAAUUAUUAAUCAACAAAUUAAUUGAACAAAAAAAUAUUCCAAUAGCUAUUGCACUUUGGAAUCAGCUGACAGGUAUACCUCCAGCAUUGUCAACAUUUGAAAGUUGCUUAAAUCUUUUCAACAGAAAAUAAUUUAAAUAAUGUAAAUAUUUUUUCAAUAAACAAAAAAAUAUAUUUAUCAAUAUUUGAAUUAUUAUUUCAAGUUAUUUGUCUGAAAUAAAUUUAUGUACAUUAAUUUUUAUUUAAUAUAAAAAACAUUUAUUCAAUAAAUACAUUUGGAUGUGUUUUAAAAUAAAAAACCAUUAAAAAAAUUAUUUUAAUUUUUCUUUUUAUUUAUUUAUUAUUACGAUGAAAUUAUAGCAAAAAUGAUAUUGACCUACGUAUUAUUUGGUAUUUUAUUUAUAUAAAAAAAGAAAAAGAAGAAAAAAAAAAAACAUGAAGUCUAGGAAUGAUUUAAUCAAGUCAUGAAAUGGAUAAACUUUAACGUAUGUUAAAAUGAAGAAAAAAAAAAAAAAAACAAGAUCACAAUGUUAAUGACCCAGUUAAAAUUUGUUAUUGUUGAUAUAUUGUUGUGUAGUUGUUAUUUUUUUCAGUCUAAAAGUGAUUAAAUUAAUCAACUUCUUCCAUACGUGAUGCAUCUUCACCAUCAGCUUCAACAGCUGGAGCUUCAUCAGCAACCUUUGGCUCUUCAGCAAUUGGUUCAUCAUCAUCAAUACCAAGACCAAGUUUGACCAUACGAUAAAUACGUGCAGCAUGUACUUGUG